AUGUCCAUCCUCAGAGCAUUCCAAAUAGGCAUCAUCAUCAGCAGCACUCGUCAACCCCGAAUCUGUCCCCAGAAACUGCGUUCCACACGGAACCAGGCAGCUGUCAAACAGCCUCAACCUGCAUCAAAGGUUCAACCUUUCCCCUGUCGCUCUGUCGCACGAAACAACUCGAAAAUUCCUCCGCUGUCAAAUUCUCAGCCAUCUCACGUCGAAAUUUUGCCAUCUCACCCAAGUGUGAAGCAAGGGGAUCAAAAAGGAAAAACGUGA